UUCUCUUCUGUUUAAUAGAAUUUCUCCGAGAAUAAAAAUGUCUCUUGACGCGAUAGAAGAAAUUCACGUUUCUGAAGCAACAACUGAAGCACGCACCGAGGAAGAGUGUUCGGAAAACUUAGAGGAAGAAGAAACAUUUUUUCAAGAUAUCGAUAUGCUUUUGGAACACAACAUACCCCUAGAAGACGUUAAACUUCUAAAAAAAGCAGGAAUAAAUACCAUAAAGGGCAUCCAGAUGUGUAUUAGAAAGAAAUUGCUAAGCAUUCCUAAUUUUAACGACGCCAAAAUUGAUAAAAUCAAGGAAGCAUGCUGCAAGAUUGCCUCAAACAGCGGGUUCAUGACCGCGCUGGAAGUUUGCGAUCAGAGGAAACAAAUAUUUAAACUAAGCACGGGCAGUUCCAAUUUCGAUCAUUUACUAGGGGGCGGCAUCGAAUCUAUGGCCAUAACGGAGGUUUUUGGAGAGUUUCGUACGGGAAAAACGCAGUUGUCGCAUACCUUGUGCAUUACGGCGCAAAUGCCGGGGCCCAACGGGUACAUCGGCGGUAAGGUCGUGUUUAUCGAUACUGAACACACUUUUCGUCCGGAAAGGUUGCGCACCAUAGCCGAGAGGUUCGAUUUGGACCAAACCGCCGUCUUGGAGAAUAUUUUGUACGCCAGAGCUUAUAAUUCCGAACAUCAAUAUGAAUUGUUAAACAACGUGGCCGCCAAAUUUCACGACGAACCCGGCAUUUUCAAACUCCUAAUUGUCGACUCAAUCAUGGCACUGUUUAGAGUUGAUUUCAACGGCAGAGGUGAAAUCGCCGACAGGCAGGGAAAGCUGGGGCAAAUGAUGUCUCGAUUACAGAAAAUUAGCGAAGAAUACAACGUGGCGGUUUUCGUGACAAAUCAAAUUACGACGGACUUUAAAUACGCAUUAACUAACGAAUCCGAAUUCAAACCCGUCGGCGGGAAUAUUUUAGCACAUGCGUCGACUACCAGAGUUUCCCUCGAAAAGGGCAAAGGCAACAAAAGGACCGCCAAGAUUUACGACAGUCCCGAUUUGGAAGAGAAAGAGGCGGUGUUCGCGAUCACCAGCGGAGGAAUCGAUGAUCCCAAAGAUUAAUUUCCAUUAACAAGCCUAAAUAUAAGCAUUACAGUGAAUGUUUUUAGA